UGGUAUUUGCAAGAAUGGCAUCUAAAAACUAUCAACCAGUGAAGAGAUCGGGACACUCCACAGUAAAGGUAGGAGACUACCUAUAUAUGUGGGGUGGGGCCGGGUCUGGAGUACACUAUGAUUUAAUAGAAGUGUAUCACUUACCAACUGGUGCUUGGGACCAGAAACCUACUACUGGUACAUGGCCACCAGGUACCAGGGGCUAUUCAUCAGUCGCUAUAGGAAAGGACAUAUAUUAUUUCGGUGGAUUUGGCAGUGUUAUUUAUGAAAACAGCUUACAUUGUUUCAAUGUGGAUUCAUUCAAGUGGAGGGAACUCUCUCCUUCUAGUUCUGAUUAUGAUCCAAUGAAGAAGGGAUUCUGUGGAAUGGUGUCAGCUCAUUUUGACGGUGAAGAUUAUCUUGUAAUAAUUGGAGGACUGGGUUCAUCUUCUACACCUAAGCAACCUAAUGCUCAGUAUAAUUAUUAUUAUGGUGAUUUGAGAUGUAAUGAGAUACAUUAUUACAGGAUUUCAUCAGGAUAUAUUAGAAGUACCUAAUCUUGCAGAAUCAGUACAAUGGCAUGAGGGUAGAAUGGCUCAUUCCAGUGUACUGAUUACCACUAGUUCAGGACCACACUUACUAGUGGUGGGUGGAUCAUAUGCCUAUGAUGUAUGGUUACUGGACA